AUGCUUCUCGGGAGCUGUAGUCUUUCUGAGAAGCGGACUACAGGUCCCAUGGGCCCGCGCGGUCGCCGGCUAGUUCCGGACAACGCCUGGUUGUGUGGUAACGGCAGCGGCGGCGGCUGGCGAGAGGAGGAGGAGGAGGGCGCUUCCUUUCCGGCUGGUACUUCCGGGAGCAGCGACGGCGGAGCCCGCUCGGGAGCCCUAAAAGGCUUCGAGGGGCGGGUGGGGCAGGGAGGGGAGGUAAGGAACUGCUGCGGCUCCGGCGGCCUUUACCGCCGUUGUCGUCGUCGUUUACCUCAGCCAUUCCCAUUACCCUUAUCAUUAGCGCCGGCAAUGUCCGCAGGGGUCACUGGUAGGUUUGCGCGGGGCCUAGCCGCGCCGCAGAGGUUACGCCGCCCCGGAGGCGUAAGAGGCCUUGGAGAAUCCCGUGGCCGGGCGAGGGGCCUAGUUGCUUCCCGUCAGGCGCAGCUCGGAGGAACCCCAAGCAGGAGAGGUCCCCCCACCCAGCCAGCUUUCUCCCCGGAGGGGCAGGGCCUCUCCCCGACCCCGCCCCGAGAUCUCCCAAGCGGAAGAGAAUUGCCGGGAGAGGCCAGGCCGGUGUGUCUCCCUGGGAGGCGAGGGACGGGGCGCGGGGAGCAGGUGCCAGCGCUGCGAAGCGGGGAGGUAUGGCGUGUCCCGUUGGGGAGGAUUUGGGGCUAGGGUGGCUUCCGUGCUUGGGGGGGGGGGUCAAAUACACAUCAAGGAUAGGCAGGGAAGGUCGGAGGGAGAGAGGGAAGUGGGGUGGGGGGAAGAACCGGGAAGAGGAAGCAGUCUCCAUGGGGGAGAGACCUUAGGCCUCUUGAAGCAAAGGAGGGUGGGUGUUUGCAGAUCGAUACAAUACAUAUAAUUUCCCCCCCUUGACGGUACAGUAUUUUGUCUAAAUUAUGCUGAAUAAUAAUAUUAUAUUGCAGGGGGUUGGGGACAGUAAUGUUUUCCUCCCUCUGCCGAAAGAGGAGGGCAGCAGCAUAGGCCAGACGAGCCUGGUCUGUGUAAAUAACAGAAGAAAAGAGACUGUCUCCCUUCAGGUUGCAGGUGGUAAUGUGGUGGGCCAUAUUAUUAUUAUUAUUAUUAUUAUUAUUACUUUUAUUAAUGCUUUCUGGCAUGGGGAGGAAAGCUGACAUCGUGGAAAACAUUGGGUUCUCAUUUCCUACAUGUGCUCAGUUUUCUGCAUGCAAGGAGUAGCUUUCAUAGAUAGGCGCUCGGUCAAGAGUUUUGUAUUAUUAUACAGCCCGUAGCAGGAAGUAGCCCAGGUAUGUUUUUGCUGCUUUCAUCUGUUUCAGUAGACCGGUACUUCACUGGAGUGGUGUUGCUGUUGUGUGUCCACACAUGUGCAUGCCCACGUCCAUCUCUCAAGUGUGGAGAACUGAUGUGCUUGUUAGAGAUGGUUUGGUGGAGGGCUUGAAGAAUAGGUUUGAUGAAAAGGGCUUUUGGGCCAUCAGAUGCAGGGGAUUCCAACAGAGUGCUGGAUUAGGUGGGACCUUUGCUCUGAUAUAGCCAGGGCAGUUGUUGCAUUCUCUUGCAUGGAUAACAGAGGGUGGAGUUGGAUUCUUGAGUGGGAUGGUAAUAGAAUAGGUAUAGGCAGUUAGAGGGAGUACUUUUUGGGGGGAAAUCCUUGGCAUAUUAGGAUAACUUGCAUAGAGUAAUUUCCAUUGAAAAUGUUCCAUCUUUAUUGCUAAGAUUUGGGAUAACCUAGAGAUUGAUCUACCUUUGCAUGUUUAUUUUGCUUAUAUUUAAUAAACAAAGCUGAAGACUUUGAAAUGGUCAAGUUUGCCUAAUACUGCUCAUGUAGUUUUUAUCCACUCGCUUUCCUUCCUUGGAGGUUUUUAUGCAAAGGUUGGAUGGCCAUCUGUCAUGUAUGAUCCAGUUGAGAUUCCUAAAUUGCAGGGGGUUAGACCCUUGGGGUCACUUCCAACUCUACGAUUCUAUGAUUCAUUGUCACAAAGGAAUUUAUGAAGGGGGGGGGAGUUGCAGAAAAAGAAAACUUAGAAAAUCUUUCCAAUUUGGAAAAUUUCCACCGCACAUCAUUGGGCAUAGCUUAGUUAUCUUGUUUAUUAGGUUAUACUAUGUUGUCAUAUGGCUUGGAAGUACUGUGAGGGUUGGUAGAAUGAAGGCAAGAAGAGUGUGUACAGUAGCUAAAGAGUUUGCUUUGGAGUGAUUGAACUGAGCAUGCAGGUUGCUGUCAAAGACAAAUUGUUAUUGAUAGGCCCUCUGCCUUUUGAACCAAGGCUCCCAUGUUUUUAGCUGGAGAAGGCAGAAGGGGUAUACAUGUCUCCAUCUUGAUGUGACCAGGCUGAGCAGCUUUGGAAUCCAGAGACUUAGAGAAUUUUAGAGACCAUUUUUCUAACAUGGCCAGGGAACAGGGCUGUUUGGAGACAAAUGCCAGGCAGUAAAUACUGUACAGUGGUACCUCUGGUUACAAACUUAACUCAUUCCAGAGGUCCAUUCUUAAGCUGAAACCAUUCUUAUCCUGAGACGCGCUUUCACUAAUGGGGCCUCCAGCUGUGUGCACACCUCUGGCACGCAAUUUCCGUUUGCAUCCUGGGGCAAAGUUCGCAACCAGGAGCAGCUACUUCCGGGUUAGCGGAGCUCGUAACCUGAAGCGUUCGUACCCAGAGGUACCACUGUAUACUGAAAUUGUGAGGCAGGCAGUCUUGAAGUCUAGAGGUAGGUUUCUUAAAAAGAGGUGCUGAUCUUUAGUGUAUUGCUUCAUGGUAAAGAGAGAUUAAUUUAAUGACAGUAGCUAGUGUGUAGUAAUGGUGCUCAUUCCAUUUGAAGCCUUUGUUGGCUUAACACUCAUUUAUGUGAAACUCUUGUGUUUAUACAGUUGAUAGUGGCAGUUCCUGGAUCUUUUGAGUUGCCUGGAUUCUUUUAUGGGCUGUUUAUCUCAUAAUGCAUCUGAAAAACAAAAUGAAACUGAUCCAUGUCACGUGGAUUUGAAUGUUCUUUCAGUUUUUAUAAGUUAAUGAAGACUACAGAAAUAGCCAGGUACAAAGCUGUUUACCAUCUGACGUACCUUCUUUUUGAUGCUUUUUUUUUAAAAAAAACAAACAUUUAACAUACAUUAGCAAAAUGUUGCUUUUCCCAUUAGAACAUUACUUAUCAGUGUUCAAAAUUAGCCAGGCACCAGACACAUUUUGCACCUGGCAAUUGACCACUUGUGACCAAGUGAAGAUGCCUAGGUGCCAGGAUGGUGCCUGACAUGUCCUACAUCUGGAAGUACAUGUCUGGGGAUCAUUGGAUCUGGAAUGUUCACACAUACUACCAACACAUCCUGUAGAAUUCUUUCAGUUAUAUUGUAUCUGCACAGUCGGAAUGAAUUUCUGGAAUAAAAAUGCUUUUUCAAUGGAACCUGAGCAGGAUCAGUCACCAUUCAGAAAAAGAGGCAAUAUAUGUGGACGGGCCCUGGAUCAAGUGACUUUUCUUCUCUAAGUUCUCAAAACUUUCAACCUAGCUCAAAGUUGUCAUCUGAAUUAGCCAGAUACUUAACUGAGAAUCAAUGACAAUCAGUACUUCAUUUGAAAAAUAAGACUUUAGAGGUGUCUUGCUCAAAAAUGGCAACCAGACAUUCCAUUUUGGCGACUGAAACCCGAGUUUAAGGAGCCAUUUGGCUCCUAGCUUAUGUAUCUGAGUUUCUACUGUUGCUACUGUUGCUAGUCAUCUUUAGGGUCACAGAUGCAUGGUAAUCCCACACCAUUCAGAAUGUCUAUGUAAUCAUAAUUUUUGAGGUUUAGAUAGUCUUCCUGGUAGUAUUCAUUAUUUUUUAUAAUUAAACUUUAAAGAUACACAAAAUAGGUGCAGAUAUGGUGGAGGAGCAGAAGUAAUGAAUUCUAUUACUUUUUACUGAUAGUUUCAAGAAGUGGCUUGUGAUCCUUAUGCUGCCACAUUAUACGCAGGAUGCUCCGUUUUCAAAGCUGCACUAGUUGGUGAAAGAAUGGCAUUUCCCCAGUGCCAGAAUAAUAUUGUCUCUGCUCUGGAAAGUGCAGUGCCCAAUAAUACAAGCACUAAUUUUGUUUGUAAAUGUUCAUAUAGUUGGGAAAAUUUAUAUUGCAAUGUGACGGUGAGCAAUCGUAUGUACAAGAAACUGAUGGAAAGCAAGCCGGUAUGAGUUAAGUCAGCAGAAAGUUACACCAAAUCCAAACCCUGGUCAUCAGUGGGGCUGACGCAGCUCUGUCUAAGCUUGGCGGAGGGAGAGAAUGAUCUUUUAAAUUAGAGUUCUGUGUUGGGUUCCCAGGUCAUGUGACUGAGAUUAUGAUCCAGCCUAAAUCCAUUCUCCCCUGCCCCAGUCCCACCGUUGGAAUGCCCCCUUUUGAGGACUUACACUGGCCUUGGCUCAGAUAGCUUCACUUCAGAUAGGAAGAACAAAUUACACCUGCACAUAUUUGGCUGAGCUGGGAUUGGGGGUUUAACACUAGCUGAAACAGAUCCAUUGCAUCCUAAGCUGCCUAUCCUGAUGGAUCUUGCCAUAUGAUUGUCCCCUGUGAAAUUUUUUUAAUAAAGAAAAAACAUUGAAGAAAGGUGCCUGGAUUCUUCAUAACAAAUGAAGAAGAGCUCUGUGUUUGUGCACCAGGAAACUUGUCAUUUGGAACUGCCCUUAAUGAAAACCCUAGACCUAUUUAUUAGUUUUUUAAUUGAAAUCUAAUCUAAUAAUAGUGACUAAUCUGUUAUAUUUAUAUAGAAUUUUAAAAUAAUGGGUAAGCAAAUAAGUGAUGUACUUGCAGAAGCAAAAAUUGGUUAGAAAAGCUAUUUUCCUUCAAAAUGUAUUGUUGCUUGUUUCUAAACCAUGGCAGCUUACUUACUAGUAUUUUGAGAGAGAAAAGUGUUAGCCUUUAAAUAAACAUGCUUAUUUCAGACCAUCAGACACUUAAACAGUUUACUGUUUUUGUAUCACUGCUGAAAUGUUCUUAAACUUUGACAGACUCCAAGGGUAGGAAGUUGUAGAAUUAAGUGACAGUAAUGAUAAUGUUGUUCUCCAUGUAAACUUCUUGUUCUUGCCACAGACUGCAGCACAUUAUUAGCAGAUAGUGUUCUGCAGCAGUUAGGCAGCCAUCUUCCAUGGUAAGUGAGUCUAGCACUGUAGAGGUCAACACGGACAUCCUGGAUUGUGCUUAAAAAUCAAAUAUGGAGGGCCAUUCUGUUAAAUUCAUGAUGUUUGGCCAGCACUGCUCUCCCAAAAAACACUAAAUAGUUUUAUAGAUAAGCACAGAAGAAUAGGUGAAGGUUACUUACUGAUGUCUAAAUGGUGCUGAAAACAUUUCUGCCACCACCUCCUAAGCAACUGUUGUUGGCAUCUGUCUGUCUUGGGCAAUGGACUGCUACUUCAGGGCUUAAACCAGGCAGCUGGAAAAUCGCAGCUCCUGCUGUGGCUACAGAGACAGAUAACUCGUAUGUGCUGCCUCCCGCAUUGUUUUUGCUGCAUUAGCAGCACCCAGUGACCUCCCCAGGGUGCAGGCCUGGGCAAUGUGGUUGGAGGUCCUGGGCUGCCCAGAUUAUUAUUAUUUAUUAAAUUUAUAUUUCGCCCUGCAUCCGGAGGGCAGUUCACAGGAUUAAAUCACAAUAUAAAAACAGAAUACAUAAUCAAAAUAAAAACAAACAAGCCCCCCCCAACCCCUCAUUUUUAAAAGGGCAUUGGAUGACAACCAAAUGCCUGGUUAAAGAUGAACAUUUUCACCUGGUGCUUCACUGAUGUGGUCCAAAGGCAAGCAGAGCAAAACAUUUGGCACCAGCUUGGCUGCAGGAGUUGCCAGAAGGAAAGAGUACAGGACUCCUCCCAACCAUCUUAGGGACUCCACUCCAGAUUUGUAUAGGGUUUACUCCUUAGCCGUUUCUUCUCUCAAAGGUGUCCUGAAAGGCAGCGAGUACAGGUUUUUCCUCACGCAUGAGUAUAGCUGCAAGUCAGCAGAGCUUUAGGAUCAGAGUUUUUCUUCUUCCAGAUAAGCUACCUUCCCAGGUUGACAGGCCCCAUUUCCCCCUUAAAGGUACCCCUGCCCAUACGGGCCAGUCUUGACAGACUCUAGGGUUGUGCGCUCAUCUCACUCUAGAGGCCGGGAGCCAGCGCUGUCCGCAGACACUUCUGGGUCACGUGGCCAGCGUGACAAGCUGCAUCUGGCGAGCCAGCGCAGCACACGGAACGCCGUUUACCUUCCCGCUGGUAAGCGGUCCCUAUUUAUCUACUUGCACCCGGGGGUGCUUUCGAACUGCUAGGUUGGCAGGCGCUGGGACCGAACGACGGGAGCGCACCCCGCCGCGGGGAUUCGAACCACCGACCAUGCGAUCGGCAAGUCCUAGGCGCUGAGGUUUUACCCACAGCGCCACCCGCGUCUCAUUUCCCCCUUAAGCAGCUGUAAUUAGCUACUAUUAGAAGUGGUAAACUGCCUUGUGAUCUGAUUUGGUUUGGCAGUACCUGCCCUGGGUUUGGUAAGUCAUUAGUCAUCAUGAUAAGAUAAAAUAAUAAGAGUUAAUUUUUUUAAAAAGCAGGUAACUCCAUAAAGAGCUCAAAGAAAGGUGUUAGUAACUGUGGGACUGAAAUUUCAAGCUAGUGCUUUCUUCUCCGGAGGCUUAGAGAACAGGCUCUCUUCUGGAAUGAAAAUCUUCUCAUAGACUUCAUUAAGAGCAGGUAGUUCUUAAUAGCAGUUUCCCCUGUGGCAUAUCAAGGUAAACUAGGUCAAAAUAAUUACGUAGAGAAAUGCUGAAUAUUAUGGUACUCAUGACUGUGUAUGCACUGAAGAAGUUGCCAUAUAUUGAACACUUGUACAAGUAAGAGUAUAAACAGAGCAUUGUAUGCAAAUCGUAAAAGUUAGAUUAUUUUUGGACAAUUGUAUGUGAGUUUCCAUUUAGGAUAAUUGUUAGUUUCCUUUAAGAGUCCUGUUUCUGUCCUCUCCAAGCAUUGCUGUAUCUCCCCAACAGAUAGAACAAACCAGCAGGGAAGUAUUUCAUUCUUCAUCUAAUUUAAUUAUAUUGCCCUUCAAAAUUUGGGAUCUGAUAAAAUCCUACACACCUAAAUUUUUGAUGCUGGUACUUGAGAACUGAAAAUUUAGCUCUGUUCAAGACUCACACUGGCUCAUAAUUUUGUCUGGUGCUCUCAGUAUGAAAUGGUUUCAGCUCUGAAAGCAUACCUGAAAUUUGAAUUCAAUACAGAAGUAAGACAAAUUAAUUCGGGCUCUCAUAUGCUUAUGUGUUGCUAAUGUUUCUGUUUGGUCCUGGAAAAAUUCCAGGCUCUUCCUAUGCCGAGGUGCCUAAAUAUUGGCUGAUGAUGAUGCCCAGUACCUGAAUUUGUUAUUAUUACUAGCUCUGUGCACUACUGGCUGUCAGGUAUUUGAAGUGCAUUACAGCAGUGUGUUAACUGCUUUUACCAUUGGGGUGAAAAAACACAGGUUUGUUAUAUGUUGGUGCAUAUCUAUGUAAUUGCCCUUUGUGGCACUUGAGAGUUUAUUGGGAGCAGAAGAUGGUGUACAUUUCAUUAGCCCAAAAUGUUCUUUUGAAAUCCAGUUUCAGCUAUUUUCAGAAAUCCUGACUGGAGGCUGCAGUCUCUUCUGAAGCAUGAGUGUUAAUUUCUGUAAAAAGCUAAGUGUAGAAAUAGUGUAUGCCAACUUGGCUUGGCAGUAUGCUUGUACUUUGGCCAAAUACACAGCUGCCAGCUUCUAUUUGCUUUUCUAUUUGGCUUGCAUGCUGAGAGAAUAUACAUUAGAAAAUUGGUCAAGGUUAAUUGCCUUGCUGUAGCUUCCCCUAAGCUUUUUGUCUGUAAACCAGUAAAUUUACUGCAGUGUAGCUAGACAGAUGUCAUCUUCCUUCUUCAAAACUUAACCUCUCUUUGCUAGGGAAAUGCUGAAUUCAGUGUGAGGUUAGAUAAAACCAGCCUUGCAGGCAGUACUUGUGGAGUUGGUUAUCGUCAUGUCUCAUAAGAAGAGCCUGCAAGUGGUCCAUCUAGUCCUGCAUCCUGCUCUCAAAGUAGUUAAGCAGAUCCCUAUGGGAAGCAGACAAGCAGAAGCAGAGUACAGUGGUGCCUCGCAAGACGAAAUUAAUCCGUUCCGCGAGUCUCUUCAUCUUGCGGUUUUUUCGUUUUGCGAAGCACGGCGCUUAGCGGCUAUUAACGACUUAGUGGCUUUAAGAAAAAGGAAACGAACUCGCAAGAACUCGCAAGACGUUUCGUCUUGCGAAGCAAGCCCAUAGGGAAAUUCGUCUUGCGGAACGACUUAAAAAACGGAAAACUCUUUCGUCUUGCGCGUUUUUCGUCUUGCGAGGCAUUCGUCUUGCGAGGUACCACUGUAUAACAAUCCCCACUUGUGAUUCACAGCAACUGGCAUGCUGCUUUGACAGUGGAUGUAGAAUAUAGCCAUUAUAGAUAGUAGCCCUUGAUAGGCUUAACCUACAUGAAUUUGUCUAAUCCUCUUUUAAAGCCAUCCAAGUUGGCGACCAUCACUACUACUUGUGGGUGAAAACUCCAGAGUUGUAACUGUAAUAAUUAUUAUUAUUAUUAUUAUUAUUAUUUCUUAUUUAUACCCCUCCCAUGUGGCUAUGUGCUGUGUGAAGAAGUAAUUUCUUUUGUCUGUCCUGAAUCUUCCAGUGUUCAACUUCAUUGGAUGUCCCUGAGUUCUAGUGUUAUGAGAGAGGAUGAAAAACUUUCUGUCCACUUUAUUUGCACCAUGCAUAAUUUUAUGCGCUGCUACCAAAACUCACUUUCCCCUUUAAACUAAAAAAGCCCCUUUCCUCAUAGAGGUUGUUCCAUCCCUUUGAUCAUUUUGCUUGUCUUUUUCUGAGCCUUUUCCAUCUUUACUUCACUGAGUUAUCCACUGUGAUUCCAAGGGCUUGUUGCUGGCCAUUAAACCCCAUGAGCAUAUAUGUGAAAUAUGUGAAAUAUUUUUGGUCCAAUGUGCCUCACUUUAAACUCUCUUCCCCUCCCCAUUUUCCUACCCAUUUACCCAUGCUUGGGUGAGUGAAUGUACUUGGUCAAUACGUUAUUAGAUGAACCUGACAUUCUAGAGGCUGUGCAGCUAAUAUUAACCUCAAAAUGAGUUUUUAUACUUAAAGGUGAAGGAAAUAAGAGAGGAGCUCUUGACUGAGGCAAUGCAUGGAUAAUGGAAGUUACCGUAUUUUUCGCUCCAUAGGACGCACUUUUUCCCCUCCAAAAAUGAAGGGGAAAUGUGUGUGCGUCCUAUGGAGCGAAUGCAGGCUUUCGCUGAAGCCUGGAGAGCGAGAGGCAUUGGUGCGCACCGACCCCUCUCGCUCUCCAGGCUUCAGGAAGCUAUCCGCAAGCCUUGCAAGCCCGGUGGGAGUUCCCGCGGGCUCACAAGGCUUGCAGGCAGCAGCCUGCAGCCCCGGCGAGUGUCCGCAAGCCUUGCGCGCCCGGCAGGAGGUCCCGCCGAGCGCGCGAGGCUUGGGGCGGCAGCCUGUCGCCCGAAGCACGGGAGCCCUCCGGAGGGCUCCCGUGCUCGGGCGAGUGUCUGCAAGCCUUGCGCGCCCGGCGGGAGGUCCCGCCCAGCGCGCAAGGCUUGGGGCUGCAGCCUGUCGCCCGAGCACGGGGAGCCCUCCGGAGGGCUCCCGUGCUCGGGCGAGUGUCUGCAAGCCUUGCGCGCCCGGCGGGAGGUCCCGCCCAGCGCGCAAGGCUUGGGGCUGCAGCUUGUCGCCCGAAGCACGGGAGCCCUCCGGAGGGCUCCCGUGCUUCGGGCGAGUGUCUGCAAGCCUUGCGCGCCCGGCGGGAGGUCCCGCCCAGCGCGCAAGGCUUGGGGCUGCAGCUGUCGCCCGAAGCACGGGGAGCCCUCCGGAGGGCUCCCGUGCUUCGGGCGAGUGUCUGCAAGCCUCGCGCGCCCGGGGGGAGGUCCCGCCCUGCGUGCAAGGCUUGGGGCUGCAGCUUGUCGCCCGAAGCACGCGAGGCUUGGGGCGGCAGCCGCGGGGGGGGGAAUAAUAUUUUUUAUUCAUUGCCCCCCCCCCCCCCAAAAAAACGAGGUGCAUCCUAUGGACCGGUGCGUCCUAUAGAACGAAAAAUACGGUAGCUUUUGUAUGAGACAGGAUCAUAAAGUGAUUUGAUAGAAACUGGAGCAUUAAUUUCCAACCUUUUCAGACUCGGCACUCUCCUUUAGUCCAUCCUGAAAUCUAGGAAACUUUGAAUCUUUCUUUUGCCCUUUCUCCCAUCAUUCCCCCUUACUUUCCAACUUCUUUGCUCACAGUUUCCACUGUACCACUUUAUAGCUCAGUUGAUUAGAAUGUGAUGCUGAUAACACCAAGGUUGCAAGUUCCAAUACCCAUACAGGACAGCUGCAUAUUCCUGCAAUGCAGGGGGUUGGAGUUGGUGUUACAACGCAUAUAUAAGCCAAUUGCCAAAUGGCAUCUUAAACCUAGGUUACAGUUGCUACAAUGGAAUGUUUAGGUGCCUUUCUUUUUGCUGCGGGAAUUAUUAUCAUCAUUAUUACUCAUUUCUAUAUGGGUUUAUAUUUUAAACAAAAAAAAAUCAAGCUUAAAGGAAAAUAUUCCAGGUUUGCCUUACCCAUAUUUAUUUACUUACUUAAUUUAUAUAGCUCUCCCAUAGCAGUAUUCUAGGAAGCCAGUGUGGUAUAGUGAUUAGAAUGUCAAACUAGGACCUGGAAGAUCAGGGUUCAAAUCCCCACUCAAGUCAUAAAACUCACUGGGUGACCUUGGUUCAGUCACAGCCUCUUAGCCUACCUCACAGGGACAUUGUAGGUAUUAACUGAGAUGGGGAGGAAAGCAUAUACUGUAGUCCAUGGAGAAAAGGGUGGGCUAUAAAUGCAAUAAAUAAGCUCUUCUGCUUACCUGCUUAAAAAAGCUGGAGGGGCCAGCCAGUUGGAGAUGUCAGUUGCCAACCUGGCAUCCAGAGAUCUCCGCAUGGUCGCAAUUGGACCCGUGCCAGUCACGAAACAAGUCUUCGGCCUGUGCGAUUUUGAACAGUGGUUGGACUAGAUGAUCCUCAGAGUCCCUUCCAACUCUACAAGUCUAUGAUUCUUCCUUGCUUUUUCUCUUAUCAGUUUAACACAUAACCUAAAAAAGAGAUUGUGUUUCUUUGUGACUCACUUUGGGUUGAAGGCAACCUUCAACGCUUGUGUUGCCUGGGUCACUGGUUGAAGACCAAUGCACUAGGUUAAUUUUACCUGUCAUUUUAUUAAAAUCCAUUUAAUAGAUAUUUUGAAACAUAUAUGUCCUCCACAAACUUCUCACAAGGAUGAAAAAAUAUUUCAGAUGUGUCAGAGUUGUCAUACUUAAUUGUUAAGAUCAAAUUUUUAGGCAUACACUUGGUUAAUGCUUUUCCAGCAUAGUUUUUCAUAUCCUCUGUGAAAUAGGAGUAAUUCCUUACCAUACCAAUACUUGAAAUUCAGGUCCACUGUUCUCUGGGCUGGGCUGGGCUGGGUAGGGUGGAGGAUCUCAAACCAGAUUCGGUUUCAUGAACCAUUAUUUUCCAUUGAGCUACCAGUUGCUGGCACACCCUUAUGAAAACAGAGCUUGAGACUUUUGUUUGUUUUAAAGCAACCUAAGCAUAGAGGUUUGUGUAGCUUUUUGUACAUUUUAAGCUUAUUACAGCGUAGUCAUACCUAUACAGUAAAUCUGUUAACUAGACCAUCGGCUAUUGCCUUUGCAGAUGACAUUAUGCUGGCAUACAUACAGCUUACAUGUUACUUGCUAUUUUGGGUCCCUUCGAUCACUUUCCAAGCAAGUCACUGUUGAAUGUAUGACAACUUUGCUAGCGCUGAUGAACGCUUACUGUAUAAAUUGUAAAAAUAGUAUUGACCUUUAGCAUUUUAAAGACAUCAUUUCUCAUUUUCAUUGCUCUUUUCAAGAAAGUGGCUGAAAUGAGAACUUGUGAUAAAUCCUCAAGAACUGCAUUAAUUGCAUACAGAUCAUCAGCUAACCUGCAGCACAUUUGAACUUUGAUUAGAAGGGAACUGAGCUUAUUGGGGCAGUACUGAAUCUACUGCAUUACAUUUUUGGUAGUACUUAUUGUCUGAAAAGUGAUACUGAUCAUAAUGAAGCCUUUCUCUCUCUCUCUCUCUCUCUCUCCCUUCCUUCCAGGGUAGUUUUUUAAAGUGCUCUAAGCAUUCUGAUACAACUAGAAGAAAGAAGAAACGCUUCAUUGAAUGA